CACCGGUUACGUGAAACAACUUCUUGUUUCAUCUCCAUUUACAAAUGCCGAAAAGAAGAAGGCAUCACGCAAACAGGCGACCCCCGAAAAAUUCUGUAAACAGAAUUUCUAACUUGCCUGUCGCAAUCAUCCGUGAAAUUCACUCGUGCCUUCCACGGAAAGAUGCAGCCAAAACUAGUAUUUUGUCCAAAAAAUGGCGAACUGUUUGGGCUUAUCAUCCAAAAAUUUGUUUGGAUGAAGUAGAUUUUGGGGCAGACUAUUCUGAAUAUACCACCGAAAGAGACAAAACGGAAAGAGAUGCGUUUUUAACUUACUUGAAAAAGACCCUAGACAGCCGUGAGAGGCCGUGCGAAUACAAUUGUGCAGUUGACAGUUUGUUACUUCGAAUGACAGUUGAAAACUCUUCGGGUGAUUUAUUGGCAAACAAGUGGAUUUCUUUUGCAUUGGAAAAUAAGGUUAAAGUGUUACGUCUCAGUUAAACUAUUUCUCGUGAUCACUUCUACUUGCGUGGUAUUGCAUUUUGUGCCACUACGUUAGUUGAUUUGAUUAUCUUUGAUUGUGAGAUUACUAAUUGUUCAUUUAUGCUCCCUGCUCUUAAGUAUCUCUAUCUGUAUGGUGUCUGUAUUGAGGAUGAUGAUUUCAAGGAUCUCAUUGCUGGUUGCCCUCGAAUUGAACAGUUACGUAUUGAGGAUCCUGAAAAGUUGCAUAUUAUUGUAGUUUCAAAUCCUAGCCUGGAAAUUUUCUUGGUGCAUCUCCCUUGUGUCAAUAGUGAAAUUGUUAUAGAGUCUCUAAAUCUUAAGUCCCUUGAAUUUAUUUCAUUCAGCAUGACCUUUUGUGAAGUAGAUAUUACUUCCACUACAACAGUGAGACAGUUGACAUUGCGAGAUGCUUAUGACCCUCAAAGCUUUGUGGACAAAUUCCCUCUACUUGAGAAACUUGUCAUAGAUAGUUGCGGUAAGUUGCAAAAUCUUCAUGUUUCUCAACAGAACUUGGUUAGCUUGGUGCUGAAGGAUAGCCUUGUAGCAGAUGAGGUAAAAAUAGAUUCACCAAAGUUAAAAUCGUUGGAGUAUAAGGGUGUCCUCACAGAUUUUUACGGCAUAGAAGCUUUGCAAGAAUUGGAAUUUGUUAUAUUAUAUUUAGAUCCCCUCAAGCUUCGUGAUUAUCGAUACAGUUGGUUAAGAGAUAUUUUGGAGUCCUGUGCUCAUUCCAAGCGUUUGAGUUUGAUUUGCGGUAUUGAAGAGGUUAUCAUCUUUCCUGUUGAGAUGGAUGAUGUAUUACCAGUCAAUGGUAUCAAAAAUCUGGGGUUAGAAAUUAUUAAUUGUCAUGCUACUACUGAAGAGAUUUCAGAUGACUUGAUUUGGCUUCUUCCAGAUUUGAAGACUUUGUCAUUGACUUUAGGUUCCAUCACAGAAGUCAUUGAGCCAUUGGAAGAAAGUCAAUCAAGACGUAGUUCAAGAUCAGCCAAAUCAAAAGACUUUGGACCUGAUUUUCAAGCUUAUUUGGUUGAAAAGGAUCCUGAAAGUUAUGCUGAAGCUAUGUCUUCACAUGAUGCUCAGAUGACCUCUAUUCAUCUCUUGACUGCUCUAGCAGCAAUUCAUGGUCUUGUGAUUCAUCAGAUGGAUGUGAAAACUGCAUUCUGGAAUGGAGAUCUAGAUGAAGAAGUUACAUGA